GGCGUCGUUGGGUAUAGGGUAGUACUCAGAGGAAGAUGCGUCGAUGAUUCUGGAUAACCCCGAAUCACCUCUGGAUACUCUUUGCAUUUUACCACCGCUGUCCUCCUUGCCUCCUCCACCUUGGCGACUCCCCUCAGCUCCUGUGGCCAUCGCGACUCAGACGGCGAUAUCUUCCCAAACUUUGACCGCUACUCGGACUGGGCGAUCUGCAAGGGCAAGAUCACCAAGGACCGCUUCCCCAACCUCCAGUCGCCCAAUCGUGAGGGCGGCUGCGUCCGGUACUACCAGGGUAUCGACAUGACAGGCGUCGUCACAGAGCAACACUUCUUCUUCAAGGACGGCUUCAAGACAGCUUGCGACUGCGCCGCCAAGUGCCUAGAGGAACCCAAUAAGUGCAUGAGCUGGGUGUGGAAGCAUACCUGUAUGCCGGAAGAUGGUGGCAAGGGGUCGUGCACUCUGUACAGCAGUCCUAACCUGCCGACUAACGUCACGCUCAAAUACGACUUGGCGAACAGCAAGGGCGCUAUCCAAACGGUCAACAAACGGACAACAGUUGGUGAUGAUGGCCAAUCGAUCCCACCCCCUACUCUCCUAUUCUUAAUUGUCGUGUGCCCCAAACUGUCGCCUACCCCUGUUUAUUCUCACAUAUGUGUCUAUCUACGACCGAUUUUCAUCCAUCGAUCUCAGCGACUACAAUCGCUCUUUUACACCUGGUCUUACAGUCCAAAAUCAACUCUCGUAGAAUUAAUUGAUUUGCCCCACAUCGCAUGGGGCAGAAUUCAUUUUUGACUGGGAGUAGAGUUGAAUAUACUACAGUCACUAGCCGGGGGUAGGUUUGAGUUUCUGACUGACGCUUGAUUACGCGUCGCAAUACAACGACACCAUGAUGCAGUGCCUACAUGAAGAUCCCUUCUGUAAUGUAAAGUACGGGUGAGGCCGUGAUCCAUUAGGUUUGGGGGCCAAGGUGUCUGGAUUUAGGAGGUUCAACGAGGAUAGGAGGGGCUUAAGGCCAUGCCGAGCAGAUCUAGCAAUGCCGUGCUUUUUGCCCAGAUGCCCCGAUGCACGUUUAGGACUCAAAGCAAAACCGCAU